GGAGUAAGAAUUAAAAGAAGAUACUACUGUAGUAACAUAUUUCCAGCUAAUAGCAAACAAAUGACCCAUUAACGGAAGUGGCCAAACCACCAAAAGCAGGCAUCUCCACCAAAUAUUAGUUUUUUAUAUACAAAAGAUUCAACACAAACAAAUCCACAACUUGAAAUACAACUCCUAGGCGGUUUCAUUCCGAGGCUUAAUUUACCGCUAUUUUGCUCAGUAAAAUGCCCCAAAUUGGACUUGUUUCUGCCGUUAAUUUGAGAGUCCAAGGUAAUUCAGCUUAUCUUUGGAGCUCGAGGUCUUCGUUGGGAACUGAAAGUCAAGAUGGUCGCUUGCAAAGGAAUUUGUUAUGUUUUGGUAGUAGCGACUCCAUGGGGCAUAAGUUAAGGAUUCGUACUCCCAGUGCCACGACCAGAAGAUUGACAAAGGACUUUAAUCCUUUAAAGGUAGUCUGCAUUGAUUAUCCAAGACCAGAGCUAGACAAUACAGUUAACUAUUUGGAGGCGGCGUUAUUAUCAUCAUCAUUUCGUACUUCCUCACGCCCAACUAAACCAUUGGAGAUUGUUAUUGCUGGUGCAGGUUUGGGUGGUUUGUCUACAGCAAAAUAUCUGGCAGAUGCUGGUCACAAACCGAUAUUGCUGGAGGCAAGAGAUGUCCUAGGUGGAAAGGUAGCUGCAUGGAAAGAUGAUGAUGGAGAUUGGUAUGAGACUGGGUUGCAUAUAUUCUUUGGGGCUUACCCAAAUAUGCAGAACCUGUUUGGAGAACUAGGGAUUAACGAUCGAUUGCAGUGGAAGGAACAUUCAAUGAUAUUUGCGAUGCCUAACAAGCCAGGGGAAUUCAGCCGCUUUGAUUUUCCUGAAGCUCUUCCUGCGCCAUUAAAUGGAAUUUUGGCCAUACUAAAGAACAAUGAAAUGCUUACAUGGCCCGAAAAAGUCAAAUUUGCUAUUGGACUCUUGCCAGCAAUGCUUGGAGGGCAAUCUUAUGUUGAAGCUCAAGACGGUUUAAGUGUUAAGGACUGGAUGAGAAAGCAAGGUGUGCCUGAUAGGGUGACAGAUGAGGUGUUCAUUGCCAUGUCAAAGGCACUUAACUUCAUAAACCCUGACGAGCUUUCGAUGCAGUGCAUUUUGAUUGCUUUGAACAGAUUUCUUCAGGAGAAACAUGGUUCAAAAAUGGCCUUUUUAGAUGGUAACCCUCCUGAGAGACUUUGCAUGCCGAUUGUUGAACAUAUUGAGUCAAAAGGUGGCCAAGUCAGACUAAACUCACGAAUAAAAAAGAUUGAGCUCAAUGAGGAUGGAAGUGUCAAAUGUUUUAUACUGAAUAAUGGCAGUACAAUUAAAGGAGAUGCUUUUGUGUUUGCCACUCCAGUGGAUAUCUUCAAGCUUCUUUUGCCUGAAGACUGGAAAGAGAUCCCAUAUUUCCAAAAGUUGGAGAAGCUAGUGGGAGUUCCUGUGAUAAAUGUCCAUAUAUGGUUUGACAGAAAACUGAAGAACACAUCUGAUAA